UGAAAUUACUAAAACGCCCUUAUCUAAUACUCAAAAUUACCUUCAUCCGCUAACUAUCUAACUUUGCGAAGCCAAACCCCUAUUUGUCUUCUGUUUCCGAUUAACCACCGCCACCACUGACCACCAGCGCCAGUUCUUCUUCUCCUCCCACUCCCGCGUGUCUCACCGCCGACGGCGAAGCUUUCUCCCUCUCUGAAACACACCGGCAACCGAAUUCCACUUGAAAUAAUUGAUGCUUGGUUAACCUCUUCAGUUCACACUUGCUUCUCCUUUUCGUAAACUUAAGCUGGAAAUAUGGCGGAACAAACCACAGAAAAAUCACGCCGAGAACGAAGGAAAGAAUCCCGUUUGGCAAAGAAAACAUCCAAAUACCAAUCUUGGCUUCAACACCAGAAAUCUGAAUCUAUUAAAAAAAGUACCAAUCAAGAUCCAGAGUUAGAACCUGAAAGCAAAUUGGACCAAUCAGUUAGUCCUAGUCUCAAUGAAACACAAGUUGUGAAGAAAUUGAAAUCUUUGUCUGAGAAACAAGUGGCAGCUGAAGAACAUGCCUUGUCAGAAGAUGAAACUUGUGACACUGUUGUAAGGAAAGUGAAGAAGAGUUCUAAAACAAGUUCCAAGAAGAAGAGGGUUGAGUUGGGUGUGUCGGAGAUUUCGUUCGCUGCCCAAAAGGAUUUAGAAUUGGAAAGAAAACUCUCGAAGAGGCUUAAGGUGAAAGAAGGAAAAUUGGGGGGAUUGGAUGAUGGAUUGAACUUGUUAUUUGAAGGAUUUCCGUCUGGUGAUGAUUUAUUUGGAGAUAUGGAGGAUCUUGAUACUGAUGAAUUACCAAAAAGGAAGUCGAAGAAGAGCACGUUGAGUAAGAAGCAGAAGUUGUCAAAGAAAGGGGUGGAAGCAAAGUCAUUAUAUGGCGCAUCGGGACCUGUGGAAGCUCCUGAUCAAGAUGUAGCAUUUGAAGAAGUUCCCGAUAGUGAAACUUCCAGGAAGAAGAAGAAUAAGAAAAGAAAGUUGGCGAAUCAAGAGCAGGAAGAUGUUUGCAUAGUCAAACCUGUGGAAUCCUGUGGAACAGAUGCGACAUCAGGGGAUGUUGCUGCUGAAGUUUCUGAGAAGAAAGAGAAAGGAAAAUAUAUAGCACCUCACUUGAGAGCUCGUGCUGGCAAUGAACCUGAGGAGCAUACUCAAAUUCGAAGACGUGUACGAGGCCUUCUUAACAGGAUUUCUGAAUCAAAUGUUGAGUCAAUUACUGGAGAAUUGUCCUUGAUCUUUCAGUCUGUUCCUCGUAGUGUUGCUUCACAGAUUAUGAUUGAGGAGACUUUAGCAUCAUGUUCUGGAGGCCCCCGUGGCAAUAAACAAUAUGCUGCUGUGUUUGGUGCAUUUGUUGCAGGGAUGGCCUGUUUGGUUGGUAUGGACUUCGGUGCAAAGUUUAUGGCUUCCUUUGCCAAAUGCUUUGAGGAUGAGUAUCAUAAACAAGACAAUCUCUCCUUGCGGAAUAUUGCUCUUCUCUUAUCAUAUUUAUGUAUAUUUGGAGUCUGUUCUAGUGAUUUAAUAUUUGACUUUCUAAUCAUGCUGAGCAAGCGUUUGACCGAGGUGGAUGUCUCUAUUAUUUUGACUGUGCUACAAAGUUGUGGGAUGAAAAUAAGGGCUGAUGAUCCAACUGCCAUGAAAACGUUCAUUCUUAAUAUUCAGGAUACGUCAAAUAAGAUGAAGGCUUCCUCUGGAGAUGUCCCUGAAAAGAAUAACAGCAAAAGAAUGGAGUUCAUGCUUGAAACCAUAUAUGAUAUCAAGAACAACAAGAAAAAGACAGAAGAGGUUAACCCUCGAAUUAAAAAGUGGCUACAGAAGUUAAGAGUUGAUGAUAUUUCAAUUAGAGGGCUUACAUGGAGUAAGUUACUUGAUCCGGACAAGAAGGGCCAAUGGUGGUUGUCUGGAGAUGUGGUUUCUGCUACCGAUAAUGUUAAAAAUAUUGAAGAUGUGGCUAACAAAAUAGACAAAGAUGUUGCUGAAACCCAACGAAUGCUGCAGCUUGCUGCUGCUCAAAGGAUGAACACAGAUUCCAGAAGGGCAAUAUUUUGUAUAAUAAUGUCUGGGGAGGAUUACAUUGAUGCAUUUGAAAAGCUUCUAAGAUUGGAACUACCAGGCAAGCAGGACAGAGAUAUAAUGCGGGUUCUUGUUGAAUGUUGCUUGCAAGAGAAAGUUUUUAACAAGUACUAUACAGUGCUGGCUUCCAAAUUGUGUGAGCAUGACAAAAAUCACAAGUUUACUCUACAGUUUUGCUUAUGGGACCACUUUAAGGAGCUGGAGUCUAUGGCUCUUUCGAGAUCAAUGCACCUGGCAAAAUUUGUGGCUGAAAUGGCUGCAUCUUUUACUCUCUCCCUUACGGUUUUGAAGACUGUGGAUCUGAGUGAUAUCACCCAGCUAACCCCAAAAAGGAUUAUGCAUUUUCGCAUUCUGUUUGAGGCCAUUUUCGAUUAUCCUGACACCGUGGUGUGGAAGAUAUUCACACGUAUAGCAGGGACCCCUGAACUUGAAAGUUUUAGACAGGGCAUUGAGUUUUUCAUUAAGGAAUACAUUUUGAAAACAAAUAAAGCUGUAUCUCAAAAAUUUAAGUUGGCAAAAAGAGCCCUUAAUAAUAUUGAAGGAGUCCUGAUGCAAGAGUAAAUUUUGGAGAGAAUACCCAAUUUUAGAGCUUCUUGUAUAAUUUUUUAUUUAUACUCCUUGUGAGUUAUGAGCAGUAGGAAUUUUUACAAUUACUUUGCCGAAGGCUAGGAACAAUUUUGUAAUAGUAUAAAUUGCAUGUACACCCUUUUUAUUAUGUGGGAAAUGAAUGUGGUUGAAACUCGAAAAUUGCAAAGUAAA